UACUAGCUGCUUAUCAAAGAUUUACAAGGCAGAAAGUUAAUCUUUCUAAAUCUUCAGUUUUCUUCAGUAAAAAUGCUUCUGUGGGGCUCAAAGCUGAAAUUUGUCAAUGCCUACAAGGAAUUGAGGUAUGUCACUCCUCUAGAUACUUUGGUCUACCUUUGGGCAUUGGUAAAAAUAAAAGAAAA